AACGUCUCUCAAGCAGACGUGGUAUUUCACAAUACUCACCUUCUAUAUAAAGACACACCAACACACGCUUUUUCAGUCUGUCCACGGGUACGGCAUCACUGAGAUUCAAGCACAUACAUACGUAAAUAUGACCAUCAUACGGUCCAAGCAUACGACUACAGCCAUGGAGCUACAACCAUGUAACUAGAAACAGCUGGUACAGAAACCUCGAGGAACACGCUUCAUUGGUGUCUCCUGACGAUGGCUCUCCACCCUGACAUCCAGAAGAAGGUGCACCAGGAGGUGGACUCCGUUAUUGGUCCUGAUCUGAACGUGCACGUUUCGGACAGGGAGAACUUGCCAUACACCGAUGCAGUGAUACAUGAGGUCAUGAGGUUGAGGUCAGUCGUUCCCAUUGGCGUUGCUCACUCCACGCUGUGCGAUACCACAGUUGGUGGCUACGAUGUUCCUAAGGGAACAAUGGUGAUAAUCAACCACGACGCUUUGCACUUUGACCCUGACCAAUGGGAGGACGUCAACAUGUUCAAACCUGAACGAUUCCUUGACUCAGAUGGCAAGAUGGGUCCCAAGCCAGAAAGCUGGCUUCCAUUCUCUGCCGGAAGGAGAGUCUGUCUUGGUGAGACUGUCGCCAAACCCGAGAUUCAUCUCUUUCUUGCUGGAAUCAUGAGGGUAUUUACCAUGUCACUCGCUCCUGGGACGCAGAACGACUUUGAGCCUCAGAGUAAGGUGUUUGUCAAUUGUCCACAGAGGUACGAGCUUGUUAUGGAAUGGAGAGUUUAAGUUAGUUGAGGUAAGUUUAAGUUGAAAUGUGCUUGACGGCAAAAUACUGUGGAAUCUAAUGCCCAGCUGACUGAUGUCCGAGAUGUUUACAAUUUCACUGAGCAAAUGAGGGUAUGGUGAUGACGAACUCAUGAAUCAUUAUGAAGGCAAUUCAGUUCAAUACAAUUGUCAAAAGUAACAAAUUGAAACACUAAUG